GGUAGCCGCGGAGGUUUCCCCUUCCCUGAGAGGUCAGAGGACAUCAUCAUGGCGUCCCCCUUGUAACGACAACAUUGCUGGUUCAAUGUUACGUGAACCCGAAAGAGUAACGGCCAAGCGUGGUGUUUUUGUACGGAUGAAUAGACAUAUAAACUAAGGAUUAAUUUAACUAUUCAACUGCGCUGACCAUGUUCAAAGUGAUCGGUGGAAGAGCCCUCCCCGCGGCCCGGUUGCUCGCCCCCCGCUGCGGCGUGUGGGUCGAGUCGGUCCGGGGUAGGAAGUCCCGCAACGACCCGCCGGCCAAGUCCAAAGAGGGGCGCAUCAAGCUGCCGCCCCCCGUGGACCCGGUGGAGAUGGUGGUCAUGAAGGAGAGGUUCACGGAGUACAACCUCAUCAUGAGAGCGCUUCGACUGGAGUUCAAGGAGGAGGUGCUGCGUAAGAAGUAUGAGGAGGAGACGGGCUCCCUGGCGGAGGAGAGAGCCAGACAGGACGCGGAGGAGCACAAGAUCCUGAUGGAGUGGAACGACGCAGAGAACCGCCGCAUGCUGAAGAUCAGACAACUGCGCGUGCAGAAGGAGACGGCGGAGGCAGACCAGAGGAAACUGGAAAUGAUCCUCAAGCGGGACCAUGAGAGGCAGGCGUUCAUCCAGCAGAAGGAGCAGGAGAUCCUGCAGCUACAGGAGGACGCCAAGAACUUCAUCACCCUGGAGAACCUUGACCAGCGCAUCGAGGAGGCCCUGGACAGACCCCGCAACUACAACUACGCCAUCGACCGCGAGGGCCGGGUUGUCAAACGAACCGUCCUGGACUAGUUGGACAGCCCUGGACCUGGUGUACCACCCCCCGGGCCAGACGGGCCGUCCAUAACCUGGAUCUGGUCCCGGACCAAAUCACGGACCACAGCCUACUUUUCUGUCUCGGGUCGGAACCCAACCGCCUAGCGCUCGGAUCACGAUCAUCAUCAGUCUUCCUUACUCCUGCGUUUCCAACGGGCGGUCGGUCCAGUCCAAUGGACUCUAUGGUAGGCAUCAUCUAAGGUACAUUCGUUGCAGAAGGUCGGGCGUGAAUUGAGGUGUUGAAAGAUCGGGAUUCCAGCGAAGGAUGAAUAAUUAACGUCUAGUGGUGUUGGAUCGGACUGCUGGAACCGGAGACACUUCCAGUCGUUGGACUGCAGAACUUUGACUCUACAACGUUGGGAUUUGUCACUUGGCCUCUUCAUCAUUUUAAGUUGGAAACACGGUUCGUGUUCGAUGCCAUCAUAGAAGAUAUUUAAAUAUCUAAAGUCGUAUCUCUACACUCUAUGUUCCUGUGUCGUCCAUGUGUAUGUUUAAUAAACUUGAGUGUAUAUCCUAAA